AAGGGGCGGAGGAGGCGUGGCCGGAGGCUGAGCCUGUGGUCUCGCUCCAGUGACCCGGGGCCUCUGCUCUGCCCAACGACCCUGUCUCCGUAAUACUCCGGUAGUAAAGACAGCGCUGUGCAGCGACGGGGAAAGAAACCGGGAGGUUCGCUCGGCUGCAAUGAAGCGGAACAGUUUUAGGCCAGAAAGCGAAAGAAGAAAUCGGAAGUGACGUCGUGGCCAAAACAAGCCUCGAUUUGGGGGCCUCUAGGGCAUCUGUGGCCGCAGAUGGAAAGACCCGACUCACUCUUGGCUGUCGAAAGUGGUCGCGAGGCCCAGCGCUCUCUUCGUGUCGCCUUUCGGCCCGGAUGCCCGGGGCCCGCCCGCCGCGGAAUUACUAUCCAAAUUCCAAGAGUAUACUGGAUACUACUCUUAUAAAACUAAGAGAAAAUCAUGAAGAAAUAUUUUAAUUAUUGAAACUACAGUUGAAAUCAUGGCUACAUCAGCAAAUCUAGAUAUUGGAGCUCCACUAAAGGUGGAAGAGUGUCCCAGCAGUUACAGUCUAACGGGAAUGCCAGACAUUAAAAUAGAACAUCCACUGGACUCAAAUGCAGAAGAAGGAUCAGCUCAGGGUGUUGCCAUGGGAAUGAAGUUCAUAUUGCCUAACCGAUUUGAUAUGAAUGUGUGUUCUCGAUUUGUGAAGUCCUUAAAUGAAGAGGAUAGUAAGAAUAUUCAAGAUCAAGUUAACUCGGACCUGGAGGUGGCAUCUGUCCUAUUUAAAGCUGAAUGCAACAUCCAUACAUCUCCUUCUCCUGGCAUUCAAGUAAGGCAUGUCUACACUCCCUCUACAACAAAGCACUUCUCACCCAUAAAGCAGUCAACUACUUUAACCAACAAACAUAGAGGAAAUGAGGUCUCAACCACACCACUGUUAGCAAAUUCUUUAUCUGUUCACCAAUUGGCUGCUCAGGGAGAGAUGCUCUACCUGGCUAGUCGUAUCGAACAAGAAAAUGUUAUCAAUCACACGGAUGAAGAAGGAUUUACUCCUCUGAUGUGGGCUGCAGCACACGGGCAAAUAGCUGUGGUAGAGUUUCUACUUCAGAAUGGUGCUGAUCCCCAACUUUUAGGAAAGGGUCGAGAAAGUGCACUGUCAUUGGCCUGUAGUAAAGGCUACACAGAUAUUGUCAAAAUGCUGCUUGAUUGUGGAGUUGAUGUAAAUGAAUACGACUGGAAUGGAGGGACACCUUUGCUUUAUGCUGUACAUGGAAAUCAUGUGAAAUGUGUAAAAAUGCUCUUAGAAAAUGGAGCUGAUCCAACGAUUGAAACUGACUCUGGAUAUAAUUCUAUGGAUUUAGCUGUAGCCCUGGGCUAUAGAAGUGUUCAACAGGUUAUCGAGUCUCAUUUAUUGAAGCUGCUGCAAAAUAUCAAGGAGUAGACAGUAAUCAGAAAGUAUUGUCUGCCCAUAUGUUUACUUUUUGGCUCUUAUAAAUGAUAGUUGUGUUUACUUAUAAAUUUUUACCUCAGUUGCAAUAUUUACCGAUUUUUAGUAAGUUUUAAUAAAUAUUCCUCUGAGUAAUUCACUGGUUUAUAAUAAAAUUAAUAUUGAUGCCUUUUUAUAAAUGUGUUUUACUGCAUAUUUAAAAUUAUAAAUUAAUGUUUUGUGGCAUGUAAAUUUUUAUGGUACAGUUAUCUGUCUUUAUAUUGAGUGCUGUAAUUUAAAUUUUCCGAAAUUAUUCUACUCUAUUCAUCUUCACUCCUGUAUUAACUGAUCAACUUUAUAUAGAGUUUGCUGUAAAUUGAUAGAAGAAAAAAAUUGUUAUUGUUGAAUUAAAAAAUGCACAGUGUAAUUGUUUACAAAAUGAUGUUAUAAACAAAUAAAGGACUUUUUCUGUUAAUCUGCAAG